CGUGUUGUGAUGCGAUGAUGACGUAUUAAAUGACGUCUACACCUACUUGACACCGCCCAUGCGCAGACUGCCCCCUCUACUUCUCGUGUGCAUACGGGCGGACAUCGACCAAUAUGUCGUUGAGCGCGGUGCAGACGGUGCGCGCGUGUUGAACAAGUACCACCGUCAGUUUACGGAAGCUGCGCACAAGCGCUACUGCGCAGAUUAUGCGCAGAAAAGCGUCUCCAUAGCAACCUAGUUGAUUUCUUCGCGGGAACCUGGGCCAAUGGAAGAAAAAAGCCGUAUACGAACGCUGAAGGGGAGGUAAUAGAAGAGGACCGCUAUGGGACGUCACAGCCCUUUCGCUUCAGAGAGGUUGAUUACAACAAUCUGGCUCUCAACAAUCUCCCCUAUCACCGCUUGCACGCGGGUCACGUUGACCUUCUCAAGAAGGAGUGUCUCGCCAACGUGCACUUCUGCGUUGCUAAGUUACACGCACUUCCUGUUGAGGCGCUUUUAGACGACUUUACGGCGGCCAAAGCGGCAUUCCCGGGGAAACCCCUGAUCAAGUGCAUUCUGGAGGCGCUUUUGCUCUCCCGGAAGGGGCUGCAGAUGGAUCCGGUUCAGUUCAUGCCUCAGCUUCUAGGGCGCCUGGAGGACAACGAGACAACAGCCGAGUUCAAGCAGCGCUUUCGUGAAUAUAGCUCAAAAGUGUGGUUCGAGCCCGAUGUCAACAUCCUGGAGCGUCCCGGGGUUCAACUGCUACACAGCAUCCACGUGCACGCGUCCGAAAUUGACAUGAUGACGGUUACGUCAUGUGGAAAUUACGUAAUCACAGGACGUGUUCCACUGGGCCACCAGGAUGCGUUGUUCGUGACCGGCAGUGCGGGAGAGGACUCGCCGAACAUAGUCGGCGUGUAUAAUGUCGGCAGACUGGAAUACCGCGCCAUCCGAGAACUUAAGGUGACCUGCAAUGCAAACACGAGGUUUUACGAAGCAGACAACAGAUCAGUGGUCAUGGAAAUUUACGAUAAGUUUUACUUGUUUGACCUUGAAAAGAUGGACGUCAGCAUCGUGUUUCCGGGUCGAGUAGUCGAGUGUGUAUCUUGACCAAACGGAAGCAACUCCUCGUGACGUCACGUUUUGUCACGUUUUGGCAAGAACGUGAAACUGUACAACAUCACAAACGGCCGCAUUGACGACACAAUAAAAACUGGGCACAAGAAGGAGAUCUACCAAGUUGUGGUCAGUUGUUAUACCUUUCUUAACAUUAUGUCAUAUGCCACCUGUACUGUACAAGUGUAGUAGCAAGCA